AUGUCAUUUCCGGCGAAAAUGCAGACACGAAGCAGUCUGUUAGCGUUCUGUCAACGUUCUAUCGCGUUCCAGACACUCUGUUACGUUUCAGCUAAUGGGAUAUAUGCAUCAGAGCCCAACAUAGUCAAGUAUGCAAAUAUUGCAAACCAUUUGCCUGACAAGACCAUUCGUGACGUGGCAUUCCGCAUCAAAUGGAUGAAUGAAACUGUGAUCAAUAAUAAUAAAAAAGAAAUUAUGAAAAGUGAUAAAAGGGGUACAAAAAGACGAGUUGAUGACAACCCAAGUAUUAGUGUGGGUUCUAUUAAUUCAGAUGAAGCUGAUUCAUUCAAAGCUUCAUUAGGUGUUGUUGGAGAGCUAGUUGAAGAAAAUUACAAAGCUUAUGAUCAAAUUAACUCAAACUUUGGUUCUCUAGAGACAUAUACAAAUUUCAAUCUUUUAAGCCAAGCAAGGAAUAACAUAUUUAAAAUAAUUAGCUACAUGGACGAAGAUGUAGAGCUAAUGAAGUACCUGCCACCAAUUCCCGAAAAGAUUAACAUUGAAGUUGCCAACUUGUUCCUAGGACCAUUCUAG